CUCCGCCGUAAGUCCAGAGACGAAGAAGUGCGGAUUUGACUCGAAAGCCAGAACGAGCUUCGGCCGGAGUGAGCAAGCGACGACAGGGAAGGAAGGAGGAGGCGGCGGCGGCCGGCGGCGAGACGAUGAACACGGACAUCACCGCGUCGGCGAAGCCGGAGUACCCGGUGCUAGAUCGGAACCCGCCCUUCACGAGGGUGGUCGGCAACUUCAGCACCCUCGACUACCUCCGCUUCGUCACCAUCACCGGCGUCUCCGUCACCGUCGGCUACCUCUCCGGGAUAAAGCCUGGGAUCAAGGGACCAUCAAUGGUGACGGGUGGACUGAUUGGACUAAUGGGCGGGUUCAUGUAUGCUUACCAGAACUCGGCAGGCCGGAUCAUGGGAUUCUUCCCCAAUGAGGAUGAGGUAGCUCGUUACAAGAAAUGAAUGCCAAUUCUGUUUAUUUUCUGGGGCUUGAUUUUGUUUUAAAUUAGAACCCAAAAUAUCUGCUGUAGGCACAUCAUGUUGUGCCUUUUGUGGGAAGAUGACGGAUGGUUAUGUCAAUAAAUCAAUGUUUUAGUGCUGACCUUUCUGCAUUGAGAUUGAUGUUUCCUUGAUUGAUGACUCACAUGAUUCGGCUUGCAUUGUGGAAUGCUGAUUGUGGUGUUUUCGGUUAAUUUGA